CUGCUUCAGGUUUUUUUGGAGGCAAUGCACCAGAAGCAUCCCAUUUCAGCGAUCACAGACGGCGACGUUUCAAUGGCCAAAGCCAUAUCAUCAGUCUGGCCUAGCACAUAUCACCGUCUGUGCAGCUGGCAUAUCGAGCAGAAUAUGGUGCUUCACCUCCGAAAGGAAAAGCUUAAGGAAUUUAGGAAAUUUAUUUACUAUGCCAUGGAGGUUCAUGAGUUUGAGAGACGCUGGUUGGCUUAUAAGAAGAGAUUCAGAAUCACAAGGAAAAAGAAAGAUGCAUGGAUUCACAGGAUGUACGAGCUGAGAGAAAAGUGGUCUGUAGCAUAUAACAAGGGAAGGUAUUUCCUAGGGAUGUUGAGCAAUCAGAGGAGUGAGUCUCUAAACUCGAGGCUUCAUGUGCACCUGAAUAGGAGAAUGAAACUCGUUGAUCUCGUGCAACACGUUGAACACUGUGUGUCAGUUUUGCGUAGGAAUGAAGCAGCAUUGGACGCUGUAGCUUCGCACACAAUCUCCUUCACUAGAUUGACUGCCGAUCCACUUGAGAUAAGUGCCUCAUCUAUUUAUACCCCUGUUAUGUUCAGUAAGGUAAAGGACGAGAUUGUCAACUUAUCAAGAUGGAAUGUUCUUGAGGUGGAAGAGGACACUGGUUUGGUUAGCUAUGGAGUUGCUCGCAAAGAGUCGGUGCACGUUAGGUUCCAUGUCACAUGUAUUUUUGAUGGAUCUAAGAUGGAAAGUGCAUAUUGUGGAUGUAGGAAGAUGGAAAGCGAGGAUUUUCCAUGUGCUCAUAUAUUUUGCGUUUUGAAGUACAAUGGGAUAUGCACCAUCCCCGCAUGUUGUGUGAAGGCUAUAUGGACAAUGCAAGCCAAGCCUGCUUUCGGUUCUGUGAGGAGUGCCAAUACACAUGUAUGGUCAGAACAGAUGGAUAAGUACCAUGAACUGCGCAAUAUGGCUAGUGAGGCUUUAUUCACGGCCUCAGCUAGUGAAAUGCAGUCAGAAAAGGUGAUGGAGUACCUGAGGAGCAUAUUGGACGAGGGCAACAAAAAUGAUGGGAAUACUGGCACGCCAUCAUUUGUUCCUAUGCCGGCUUAUUUUUCUGGGGCGCGGCAAUGGUUUACAGAUCAAGUCCAAGACCCUAAACCAAUAAUAAAUCCCAAAGGCAGACCAGCCAAAGAAUCGAAUAAGAGGUUGAAGCCAUUCCUGGAGAAUUUGCAAGCAAAAAAGAAAACAUUGAAGAAAGUUCAUGGUCAGUUGAGUAGGGGGAGGAAGAAAAAAGUGAACAAUACUGUAGAAGAAGCAGGAGAAGAAGAAGAAGAAGAAGAAGAAGAAGAAGAGGAUCGUGCUAAGAAGAGGAAACCGGUGAAGUAAGUUUUAAAAAAAAUCAUGUAUCUUGUCUACUGUACUUGUGCAAGUCGAACUGUUGUUGAAGCAUGCUAAUAUGUGCAAUUUAAACAAUGUUUUGCACUACACAGGAAAGCUUCAGCAAAGGUGACUGAAGUUAGUAUGAUGACUCGGGGGAGAAAGAGAA